GCCAUAUUCAAAAUAUUUACAAUGACUAAUGAGAUUGAUACGAUUAGAUAAACAAUGUCAGAAACGUCAGAUAUAUCUGUAUCUUUGAAUAUUUACGAAGAGGAUUUAAACGAGGACAAGACGUUAAUAUUAUCGAACCAAGAUCUGGAAUCUGUGGCAUCAAUUAAUAAUAAAUUGCUAUGUGUACUUUACCUACAAAAUAAUAAAUUAACAUCGCUCACUGAGGACUUUUUUCCAUCCCUUCCUAAUCUGAUGUACCUUGACUUGAGAGACAACCAGCUGACAGACAUUCCGGUAACCAUCCAAGGUCACCAGUGCCUUACACACCUGCUCCUGCAAAACAACAGACUUACAUCACUACCCAACGAAUUGGGAUCUGUAGCCACCUUAAAAGUACUUCAACUUGCUGGCAAUCCGUUAAUGUUUCCACCCAGGGAAGUGAUCAACAAUGGAACAGCAGAAAUAGUGCAGUACCUACACGAUAAAUACAUUGAAAAUAUAUUCGUGAAGUCUUUCGAUGGGUCCGAGUCAAUCACGAGUAGAAAUGAAGAAGGCAUCAGCUAUAAUUCAGUUGAACAAGAGCGUAUGAAAUCCAAGACUUUGUCGGUUCAGUUUAACGAAAAAGAAUUCGAAGAUUCUGACGACGAGUACUACUCUAAACUUAAAGGAAAGUGCCCUAAAUUACCUAAAAGUCGAAAGAAGAUAUUGCCAGGGUACAGUCAAAGCGCGAAAUGUUUGAAAGCGUUAUAUGCCGAUAGUAAACACGUGCAAAAUGAGAAGAUCAAACAGAGUUAUUUGAAGGACAAGGCUCUGACGAAGCACAAGGAUUUGUUAGCGACCAGGGACAAAAUUUUGCAAGACAGGAAAAACUUAGAGCUGUUGAAAAACUGGCGGCAAAAAUACCGACACAGACAAUUAACAAAUAAUUCAUCGUACAAAUUGGAAGCUCAAUCAUUCCCUUACGAUACAAAUGCAGAACACAUGAAUUUCCUAACUCGAGAGGAUAUAGAGAAAGAUCUUCCAGAUAAAUAUAGAAGGAAACUAGUAAGGAAAUGCAAACCAACAGUGCCUAGGAAGACUAAUAACGAUGUGCAUUUAGCGAUGAAAAUCAAGCAACUGUUUGAAAAUCUAGAGUCGAUCGAUUUGAAUAGAGAAGGCAUGACGCCGAGGACCGAGCAAAAAGUAUUGCUUAAUGAGAUUCAGAAGAUAUCGGAAAUAAAACAAAAGCUCAUGGAACUUUCUACGACAAACAAAAAUUCUGUUGUUACAGAAUAAUAAUGAAUACAAUGUAAAUAAACAUAAUUUAUGGUAUAAAUC